AUGAUUGUUAAAGGUGAUGAUAGAUUAUCUAAAGAAGCACAAUAUAAUGCAACAAUGUUAAUGAAUAUAUUAUUAUUAUGUGCAUCAUUAUCAUCACGUCAAGUUCUUGAAAUUCAUCGUUUAACAAAUGAAGCAUUUAAUUGGCUGUGUGCUGCACAAUCACUUGAGAAACCAAUAACACAAAUGACAUUAAAUACAUUUCAUUAUGCUGAUGUAUCAGCUAAAAAUGUAACACUUGCAAGAAAUUAUGCUGAACAAUGUAAACAAGUCUUAUGUCGUCUUGAACAUUGUACAUUAAGAAAAGUAACAACUAAUACAGCUAUUUAUUAUGAUCCUGUUCCACAAGAAACAGUUAUUAGUGAAGAUCAAGAAUGGAUUAAUACAUAUUAUGAAAUGCCUGAUCAAGAUAUAAAAAAUAUUUCACAAUGGUUAUUAAGAAUUGAAUUAGACAAAAAAUGUAUGACUGAUAGAGAAUUAACUAUGGAACAAAUUUCUGAAAAAAUCUAUCAAGGUUUUGGUGAUUGUCGUAAUGUUAUAUUUAAUGAUGAUAAUGCUGAAAAACUGGUUUUAAGAAUACGUGCUAGUGAUCAAAUUAAUUUAUCAACAGAAGAAGAACAAAACGAUAUAAGACAUAUGGAUGAUAAUACUUUUCUUCAAUGUUUACAAUCUGUAAUGCUUUCUGAUUUAACUUUACAAGGGAUUGAGGGUAUAUCAAAAUGGAUAUUAAAAACUGAUGGAACAGCUUUAGAAAGAGUUUUAUCAACUAAAAAUGUUGAUUCAUGUCGAACAUAUACAAAUGAUGUUGUAGAAAUAUUUGAUGUUCUUGGAAUUGAAGCUGUACGAAAAGCAAUUAAACGUGAAAUGAAUUAUGUUAUUUCAUUUGAUGGUUCUUAUAUUAAUUAUAGACAUUUAGCUGUAUUAUGUGAUGUUAUGACAACUAAAGGGCAUUUAAUGGCUAUAAAAAGACAUAGAAUUAAUAAACAAGAUGUUGAACCUAUAAUGAGAUGUUCAUUUGAAAAAACUGUUGAUGUUUUAAUCGAAGCUGCUGCUCAUUCAGAAUAUGAUUCAUUAAAAGGUGUUUAUGAAAAGAUUUUACUCGGACAAUUAGCUAAGAUUGGUACUGGAUCAUUGGAUUUAUUAUUAGAUGUUGAAAAAUAUUCAUCAGCCGUGAAAUUACGAAUGAAUAAUGACGAUAAUGCUUCUUUAGAAAUAAUAUCUAAAUAUACUAUGGAAAAAUUCAAUGAAUCAAAUAUUUCUCCAUCAAUAUAUUGGAAUAAUUCAAUACCACCUAGUCCAUCGUAUUGCUCAUCAACAACAUUAGUUCAUGUAACAUGA